CCCAGUAAACAAAGAGCUAAAGGAUCCGAAUUCUUCUCAUUUACAAUCCAAGAGGAAGUACAGAAAAUAGAAGCUUUGUGCUUUUCACCAAAAAAACAUAAAGGCAAUGUUGUAAGCAGAGUCGAAAGUGGACUACCAUGCAAACUCACAAAGUUUUCUUUUCACAAAACAGAAGACAAUGUAAAUUGGGUGAACACAGCUACACAAAUCAACGAUGCCUUAGAAGCAACACUUGAUUUUUGUCGCGAAGCCAAUGAUAACAAAACACCAGUGGCAAACACAAAGGACGUUGAUAAUAUUCAAGUUAUCAAGGUAUCACAGUUCAUGGCAUGGUUGUUUUUGGAGAUAACAAGGCAGAACCUGUCCCUAACAAAACUGAUCUUAUCAAAAAGGAAGGAUCCUUGUGCACGAAUUCGGAACUAUGCCGAUCACAAUUUGGAACAAACAAAUUGA